AAUCUUGAUGGAGUAAAAGCGAAAAAGAAAAUUACUGAACACAAGGCACUGUCUUCUUUAACCAACCUAACAAAAUCAAGAAUUACAUAAAUGGUAUAUAGAUUCAGGCUAUUAUCACCACUCAGACAGAUGAGUGGUGUUAGCCAUGGAAUUAGCCGGGUGUUCCAGCGGUCAUUUUUCAAUAUACCAUCACCAUUUGAAAACCAAAAUAAAUUGAUUGAACAUAAAGUUAAAAGUAAGAUCAAUGCAACUCCGGAGCAAAUGUUUGAAAUAGUGAGUGAUGUAUCUAGAUAUAAUGAGUUUGUUCCCUUUGUAGAAGAAUCUUUUAUAAAUAAAAGAGAUGCUAACACCAAUUUACCUAGUGAAGCAGGUUUGAGGGUUGGAUGGAAACAAUUUGAUGAACGAUUUGUUUGUAAAUUAACUUGUGAUGAUAAGAUCCCAAAAGUUAUUGCUGAAUCAAUAACGGUAUCAUUAUUUGAUAAUCUAUAUACUGAAUGGAUUUUUAGAAAAAUACCAACAUUAAACGUUAAUCAGGAAUCAAAUUGUGAAAUUGAAUUAAUUUUAAAGUAUAAAUUUAAAAAUCCAUUAUAUAAUACCAUAAGUUCAAUUUUUCAAGAACAAGUAACUCAAAUUAUGUUAAAAGCAUUUACUAAUAGAGCCACUCAAUUAAAAUUACAAAAAAAAUUUAAGGAUAGACAAGUUAAUUUUAAUAAAAUUAAGUAA